AUGUCUUAUUCUGAUCUUCCGUUUGCGUACGGGCCUUUCGUUCCCCACUGGGUCCCAAAGCAGUAUAUUGAGAAUUAUUUUUCUGCUCAUCACACUGAUCAAUAUCUUGUCACAAAUACCACAGUGGAAGAUGUCUCCAAGGUGGAGGGGAAAAACCCACAUGAUGCGCCGCGGUGGUCGUUGACCCUGAGACGGUUCAACGCCGUCAAAAAACAGGAUGAAUGGUGGAGAGAGAAUUUCGACGCGGUAAUAAUCGCAAAUGGCCAUUAUUCUGUACCUUAUAUCCCAAAAGUUGAUGGACUCGAACAAUAUAUCGCUAAAUACCCAGGGCGCGUAAUGCACUCCAAGCAAUUCCGAUCGGCGACGGAUUUUGCUCAGCAGAAAGUGCUUAUCAUUGGAAACUCUUCAUCUGGACAAGAUUUGAUUACAGCGAUUCCCGAAGAAGCUGCUCAUCCUGUUUAUCAGUCGCGUCGAUCACCCGGUCGAUGGGACGGUGACACGCCGCCUUCAGGCGUGGAAUGGAAGCCUGUCAUCUCAAAAUAUGAUUCGUCGGGGACAAUACUUUUCUCAGAUGGGUCGACUUUGUCCGAAGAUGAAGUGGACAAAGUCAUAUAUUGCACUGGGUAUAAGCCAUCGUUCCCAUUCUGGAAUGUGCAGCAGAAUGGGCGACAGAUCUACGAUUACCGCCAAGACCGUCUUAUUGGCAGUUAUCUGCAUACUUUCUUCGAAGAAAUACCCAAUGUUGCAGUCAUUGGACUCCCAAGAGUGUUGACUUUUCGAUCGAUGGAGUACCAAGCGAUCGCGGUUGCGCGAGUCUGGUCUGGUCGCAGAUCAUUACCUUCUUCGGAUAAACAAAAACAAUGGGAAGCAAAUCGCGCUGAAUUCACGAAGCAACAAAGACGCAAGUUUCAUGAUAUUCCUUGGGAUAAUGGGGAAACUUAUGAGUACCUUCAGGGUUUGUUUGAUAUUGCUGGGCUUCCUGAGUUAGAUGGUGAUGGGAGAUAUCCGCCUGUUCUUGAUGCUAGAACACGAUGGGCUAUUCAAAAUCUCAAAAAAUAUCCGGAGCCGAAGCAGGACGAGGAAAAAGAUGGAUUUGUGGUUGUGCGUUCUCUAGAAACUAAGGAUAGUCUUCACUUUAUCUAA